AUGGCCGACCCUUUCGAAGUCCGCCAGCGCUUCACCACGCUGCUCUCUCACCUCUCCGCCAGCCACACAUCCCUCCAGAAAGCCGCCCUCUAUGCGCUCAAGAACCGCGAAAUGGACGAGGACCUGCACUCGUGCAUCCUCGAGCAGCUCGAGCGCACCAACAUGAACACGCGCGCCAACAUCAUGUUCUUCAUCGAAUGUCUGUGCGAAAUGGCCGUCAAGGAAAACGGCAGCGGCGACGGCUCCGCCAUGGGCUACGUGCGCAUGCUGCAGCGCGACAUCUUGCGCGUCGUCGAGUGUGUGGUCGGCGAGGAGGGCGCCAAUGUCCGCGUUGUGAGGAAAGUGCUGCAGACACUGCAGGCGAGGGGCAUCCUCAUGCAGGAAACUGUCUCGGAGCUGGAAGCCGUGCUGAAGAGCAGAGAAGGCGAAAUGCCGUUUGGCAGCCCUGGCACCCAGAAGAACGGCACCGCGGGCGUCAAGAUGGACAAGCGCCAGAUUGAGCAGCGCAUAGAGGAGGAUCGGGAGCGACACAAGCGGCUGCGAGAGAGUAUUUGGGCCGUCAGUGGAGAGGCCGACGAGGAGAUGGAGAAGCUGUGGGAAGAGGCGAGUGAGAUUGGCGAAGAUGAUUAUGUGGUCGGAAGAGAAGAUCGCGAGGAGAGGGACCAGGCCAUACAUUUUGGAUAA